AUGUCACAACUCCAGGAACUAUUCACAGCGGCAGCCCGACCCUUGCCGGACAUUAGAGACCCCGGCUUCAGCUCGAACUUCGACAGUUUCGCGGAUUAUCGCCUUGUCCUUCUGGGCGAUGGCAGCCAUGGCACCUCGGAAUUCUACACCGCGCGGGCAGAGAUCACCAAGCGUUUAAUCGAGCACCAUGGCUUCACCAUGGUAGCCGUAGAGGCCGAUUGGCCCGACGCUGAAGUAAUCGACCGCUACGUGCGUCAGCGUCCAGGCCCCAAGACAAAGAUCGGGGGUCACUCAAAACCAAUUGAUCCCUUUACUCGGUUCCCCACGUGGAUGUGGCGCAACCGUGAGAUGCAGGAGCUGGUCGAAUGGAUGCGCAAUUACAAUGCGCAAGUGCCAGCCAGCAAGAAAGCCGGGUUUUACGGUCUCGAUAUAUACAGUUUGGGGGCCUCGAUCCGAGCAGUGAUUGACUACCUCGACCGUGUUGACCCAGCUGCCGGUAAAGUUGCCCGUCAGCGAUACGGCUGUUUGCAGCCAUGGGUAGAUGAUCCCGCAAUGUACGGGCUCGCUUCCGUGCGCGGGAUGGAGAAUUGCGAGAAGGGGGUGCUAGAUACGCUCCGCGACUUGCUAAAACGGCGACUAGAGUAUUCCGAAGACCGCCAUGAUGGCGAGGAGUACCAUAGUAGUGAGCAAAAUGCGUAUCUGGUGCGCGACGCCGAGCGCUACUAUAAGGCUAUGUAUUACAGCUCGGCAUCGUCGUGGACACUGCGCGAUACACACAUGGUGGACACUCUCCGUCGAACGCUGCGUCAUAAGCCCGAAGGCACAAAAGCCGUGGUGUGGGCGCACAAUUCUCACUGCGGAGAUGCACGAUACACUAGUAUGGGGACCCGGCGCAAAGAAGUGAAUAUCGGCCAGUUAUGCCGUGAGCAGUUCGGCCGUGAGAAUGUUGCCUUGAUUGGUUGUGGCACGCACACCGGUACGGUGGCAGCAGCACACGAAUGGGAUGAAGACAUGGAGGUCAUGAAUGUCCAGCCCUCGCGGAAGGAUAGCUGGGAACGGGUUGCCCACAACACAGGAAUCCCAAGUUUCUUAAUCGAUCUGCGGCGGGACCGCAUCGAUCCCAACCUGGCAGCUGCGUUCGAAGCCGAGCCUCUCCGGCUUGAGCGAUUUAUCGGUGUGAUUUACCGGCCAGAUACAGAGAAGAUAUCCCACUAUUCAGCGGCAGACCUGCUCAAUCAGUUUGAUGGGUAUGUCUGGUUCGAUGAAACACAGGCUGUGAAGCCACUGGAAAAGCAUGAGCCGGUGACGCCACGAGGAAAGGAGGAGACUUAUCCAUUUGGAUUAUAA